ACGCGCCCAGGCUGGCCAGAUGCGAGCCAGCUUGGUGGCUGGGCGCUAAGGACCUGCUGCUCACUGCCCAGAUCCCGAGCAAUCGCCCGGCCCUGUGCGCCAUCGCUCGGCUCCGCUCCGCUCGGCUCCUCUCCUCCGCCGAGCCGCAGGCCCUCCGGCGGGCGCCAUGCAUCCCGCGCACCCGGCGCUCUGGGUGGCUGCGCUCACGGCUCUGGUUCUGCUCCGUGGGCCGCCGGUGGCGCGGGCCGGCACGGGCAUGGUGGGCGCGGGCCCCGUAGUACGCUGCGAACCCUGUGACGCGCGUGCGCUGGCCCAGUGCGCGCCUCCGCCCUCCACGCCCAGGUGCACCGAGCUGGUGCGAGAGCCAGGCUGUGGCUGCUGCUUGACCUGUGCGCUUCGCGAGGGCGACCGGUGCGGCAUCUACACCGAGCGCUGCGGCUCCGGCCUCAGCUGCCAGCCGCCGCCUGCGGAGCCGCGUCCGCUGCAGGCGCUGCUGGAUGGCCGCGGGUUCUGCGUGAACGUCAGCGCCGCUGGCCGCCUGAGCGCCUAUCUGCCCGCCGCAUCCGCUCCAGGAAAUGCCAGUGAGUCUGAGGAAGACCGGAACACUGGGAGUAUGGAGAACCAGGCUGCCUCCAGCACACACCGGGUGACUGACUCCAAGUUCCAUCCACCCCAUGCAAAGAUAGAUGUCAUUAAGAAAGGCCAUGCCAAGGAUAGCCAGCGCUACAAAGUUGACUAUGAAUCACAGAGCACAGACACCCAGAACUUCUCCUCUGAGUCUAAGCAGGAGACAGAAUACGGUCCCUGCCGCAGAGAAAUGGAGGACACGCUGAAUCAUCUGAAGUUCCUCAAUGUGCUGAGUCCCAGAGGUGUCCACAUCCCAAACUGUGACAAGAAAGGGUUUUAUAAGAAGAAGCAGUGUCGCCCUUCCAAAGGCAGAAAACGGGGCUUCUGCUGGUGUGUGGACAAGUAUGGACAGCCUCUGCCAGGCUAUGAUACCAAAGGGAAGGAUGAAGUAAACUGCCUCAGCACACAGAGCCAGUAGAUGCCACUGUGCCACCUAAUAUGGAGCUCAAAUACGCCUUAUUUUGCACAAAAGACUGCCAAGGACAUGAUCAGCAGCUGGCUACAGCCUCGAUUUAUAUUUCUUUUUGUGGUGAACUGAUUUUUUUUUAAAAAAACCAAAGUUUAAACAGAGAUUUUUGAAAUGCCUAUGGCUCCUUUAAAUAGUAAACUUGAGCAUCUUUCUAUUUUCCAGUAGUCAACAAAAAGCAGUUGGAAUUUUCCUAUUGCUUCCCAUAAAAACACUCCUGCACUUGCCCAGGCCAUGGAUGCACCCUGUCCCCUCUCCUCCCAUCAUGGGGCUGCAAUGCUUACCCUCUGCCUUCCUGACUUCAGCGAUUCUGUUGCUGAUGUAGAAAACUCCUCUCCCCAUUCCCUGUAAAUGAUGCAGGCCUUAUGGAGAAUAGGGAAACUCCCAACCACCUGUCACCUGGAUAUCCUGAUGCUGGUGCCAUCUCUAAAUCAAAUGCCUGGGCCACUAUCUACAAGUGACCUGAUCUGCUUGGAAACUAUGGGAGAGAAUAGGUGGAAUCUUAUUAAAAAUGACCAAGAAUGUUCUAGGGCACUCUGGGAGCCCAUAAAGGCAGGGACCCUCCUUUGUCAGGCAGCUUUCUGAAGAUGUGGCCCAGUGGAAGGCUUCAGUGACCUUUGCUGUGGUCCCAUAGGGUAGGAGGGGCAGGGGCAGUGGGUGUCAGCCUCCAAGUUCAGCGGCAUCACCACUGAUAACAGCACAGUUCUUCAGAUGACUGCAGAAAAUAGUGUUUUCUGGUCCAGCUCCUCAAAACAAAGUUUAUUUGGGGGAUAAACUCUUUAAAAGCAAAAGAUGUAUUUUCAUCUCUCAUCCUUACUAUCUAAACAGGAAAGAGGAAUGAAUGGCUUGCUGGAGAGCCUGGCAAGGACACUGGGAACACAGAGUAUUUGUUGAACUUGGGGUCCUUUUCAUAUUUUUCUUUAUAAUUCACACGUAUAUGCAGACAAGAUGUGUCCUUAAUUGUUAACAUUGUAUACAACGUAGCCCAAAUAUAAUAUGAUCUGUACUAGAUAAUCCUAGAUAAAAUGUUAGCGAUAAUAGAUGAUAUAACCACGGUCACACCCCAGGAAAGGAGCCCAUGUCUGGAGGCUGGGCUGCUCUCCCCAAGGCCAAGCCCAAGGAGGUCUGGCAACAGAAGGGUGCAAGGAGACUCUACCCUGCCCCGCCGUGGCCUGCAGGGUGGACAUACGCUGCACAGAGCUCUCCUUGAGAACACAGAGGAAUCUCAAGACAUUCUGCCUACCUAUUAGCUUUUCUUUAUUUUUUUAAUUUUUUUGGAAAAAAAAUGUAUUUUUGAAAAGUUUGUCUUGCAAUGUAUUUAUAAAUAGUAAAUAAAGUUUUUAUCAUUAGAAAA